AUGCUAGGACAUUAAAAGUUAGCUGAGGAAAACACAUAUGGAACUACAGGACUUAAUAGUCUUUACGGAACUAAUAAAGAUUUGGAGGAAGAACUCGAUGCAGAUGAAAUAGGCUCUAAAUUCAAUAAUGGAGGAUUACUUUAUCCGCCAAGCAUUUGGGAAUUGGAAUUUGCAAGCAUUUUCUUUUUCUUCUUCAUCCAGAUAUUCAGAUUAAACUUGGGGUACAAUGCUAACAGAACUGAACAUACACUUUCGAUGAUAAUGUUCAUGGUUUUUACACUAUUUGGACUUCUCUUUUGCAUAUACUUCAGUUUCGCAACUACCUACGUCCUUCUAAUUGAAAUUGCAGUAGGAGUGAUUGCUAUGUUUUUUGCAUUUAUGGAGAUAAUUAUGGCUCUCUUGGCUAUCAUUAAGUUCAAGAAAGCUUUGUCAAAUUGA